AUGGUCGUAUGGUAUGAGCAAAUUCUAACCUGUGGUGAAAACAAUGACUAAUAAUUGUUUAAACAAUUAAAACCCGUAUAUUGUUAUGAAGUGGAACUAAACAAAAGGUUGAUUCUCACAUUAUCGCCGCAGAGCGUUAGGAGAAUGUUUUCUAAUGGCAUUUCCUGUAAUCUUCCCUUUAGCUGCAUGAGUGUGACUAGGGAUUCCGGCUCUGAUGAACUACUGCCUGGUAGGAUGGCAAGAGAGCCUGUUUUACUUAAUGUGUAUGACAUGUAUAAAAUUAACGAAUAUACCUCGAAUAUAGGUCUCGGGGUCUUUCAUUCAGGCGUCGAAAUUUACAAUACCGAAUUUGCGUACGGGGGCCAUCAGUACCCUUGUACUGGCAUAUUUGAAAUUAAUCCUCGGGACGAAAAAGAUCUUGGAGAACAGUUUAGGUUUAGACAAACUAUCCAAGUUGGUUACACGGAUUUUACGGAAGAGGACGUUAAAAAAAUUGUUAACGAGCUAGGCAAAGAAUUUCGAGGCGACAGAUAUCAUUUAAUGAACAACAACUGCAACCACUUCUCGGGAUCUUUUACCAAGAUUUUGUGUGGUCAAGAUAUACCACCGUGGGUCAACCGGCUAGCUUAUUUCAGCAGUUGGGUGCCGUUCCUCGAACGCUGUUUGCCCAAAGAGUGGCUGCAGCAUCCGCUGAACUGUAGGCAGGACUCCACGUGUUCGGAAUCGUCGACGCCCUAUUAACACCAUUGCCAAAUAAUAAUAAAAUGUGUCGUUUUUAGAGUGAAAGUUACUAAUUCGUUUAAAGAAUUCGAUCUAUAUUUUGGAAAAACCCAAAUGUGCAUGUUAUAGAGGUAAAGGAAUGUGGACUGCAGUCGUAAAUUUCGAGGAUGGAUGGGCCUAAUUUGUUGUUGAUUUUUUAUUUCAGUUCUUAUGUUUUCGAUUUGAUUGCUUCAUAACACGACCCUUCGAGAGGGUUUGUUUUUUGGUUUAUCUCCUUUACCAAUUUCUUGAUAUACACAAGUACAAGUAUUAAAAUAUUAUGUAGAUGAUAGUUGGUAUUGUUGUAGCUAUUUAUAUUUCAAUUGAUCGUGUGAAACCCCCUAAGGAAGCACUUUGCGAAAGGGUAAGUGUGAUAAAGUCUUUCGUUUCAUAAAAAAAAAAAAGAAACCAGUGGGGUAGUCGUUAAAUUUCGUUUAGAAAUGAGAAACGGGAAAUUAGAGAAUCUUUAAUUGAUUUAAUCAGUGGCGUGUCUAACUUUAUUUAAAAAAAAAAAAACCUCCACUGCACCACUGGUUUUCAUUCCUCCAGAUUUUUAUCGUAUUUUUUUUUACUCACCAUAUUGUUGCUUUGUAACACUAACUCUGUAUGGUAUAAAUCUAUUUAAAAAUAAAACGAACGUAAUUCACGCGCCGACGCUAAGGGGUUUGAAUAUGGCGCGAGCGUCCCAUAU